AUGGUUUGCUUAGCAUGGACAAUCAGUACAGGCUUUAGGUUUAGGCCUCAGAACGUCCGUGAAGCGGCCUUGAACCAGGAGAAAGGAGAAACAUCAGGCGAUAGGAACCACCAUUGGCAGUUCGCCCAGACAAGAAAGGCUCCUGCCCAGCACCACCCAUGCAGCAACAUCCCCUUCCCCUGGGACAGCCUCCAGUUCCUCCAGGCCAUGGCUCCCAGCCUACCACAGCCCUGCCACAACCAGCACACAUCAUUUCCCUUCCCUGGCACCCUCUUCCACACCAACCACCCACAGCAAGCCACUGUCACCAUGCUCCACAUCCUCCAGCAACUCUUUGCCACCCUCAGCAGCCCUCACCACUGGGACAUCCAGGCACACCGCCAGCUCCUCAACAACCUCCAGCACUACAUCCACCACCUGAAGCAAUACAUGCCAGCCAAUUGCAUGCUCUUCAAAGACCAAUAGCCCCACAACCUGUUGCUCAGCAUCAACAAAUACUUCAGGUACAUCCAGGACUUCCUCUGCACCCACCACCACAGCCCCUGUACCUGGGACCAUAUCCACCUCAAAGUUCACACCUGCUUUCAACGUGUGAAGUGGGAGGAAGG